ACCAGGGCGGAUCUACGCAGAUCAAGUGCUUUAUACUUCGUGUGACGUCUUGGAAACACGGCAUCGCACCGCAAGCACCGCGCCCCAACCCUAAAAAGUUGCGUUGGGAAGGGCUUCGCGAUUCCCUCUAUGCUUCUCUCCGUCGUCUUCUUCCGUAUGUAGUUUGCGAUGAGGGCGGUAACUGGAACCGUGAUCUCCUCGAAGCGUAUCUCCCUCUCGAAGGCCUCCGCUGUCGUCUCCCGCUUCGCUGCCAACCAGAACGCCGCCCGCCCGGAGGUGGCAGCUUACGUCCGCCGCACCUCCGCGGCCUUCGACGAGCUCGUCCGCUUCCACCGCGAGAUUCGAGCCGCUCGCAAAGGAUCAGAUAUCGAGAAGCCGAUCGCGAAGGAGGGGGAGGCGGAGGAGGAGCUGAAGAAGAACAAGAGUAGGAAGAGGAGCAGAGAUGAACCCGAAUUUGUCAAUGACGGAACCCUAAGAGUUGGAGGCUAUAAAGAGGUCGAGGAUGGAGGUAGAGAUCGUCGUGGGGGCGGGGUUGGGAGUGAUGGGGAGGGAGAGAAAAAGAAGAGGAGGAAGAAGGCCGAUGAGGAAAGGGGCUACGUUGCUAUAAAGGAUGAGAAAGUUCCGGUGAGCAAUGGGAAUUUGGUGGAACCAGGGAGGGAUUAUGGAGAUGGAGCAGAGUUACGGAAAGAUGGGAAGAGAAGAAAGAAGAAGAUGAAGGUCGAUGUGAGGGAAACAAGCAGUCCUGGCAGGAAAGUUAAGCAAGAACCAGAGAUGGAGGAAGAAAGACAUCGGCACAGGAAGAAGAAAGAAAAGGAGAAUCGCAAAGGAGAUCAGAAAGAGGAAAUUCCUGCAGGAGUUGUAGAUCGAAAACAUAGAAAAUCUUUAGAUGUUGGAGAAGAUUUAGGGGUUUUGAAGGAUGAACAGCAUAAGAAGAAAAAGAAGAAAAAUAGACCCGAAGAUUAGCAAAGAUGUAAUCUUCGAGUCACUUCAAUGGGGGCUAAUUAAUAGUUGAAUUUAGAAGGCACACAAUCGUAAAUUCGUAAUUGUUAUCUCAUCUGAAAUUAAAAGGGGAAUUGGACUUUUGAGUUCUGAUUUGAUGCAUCCAGAACGGCAAGCCUGGAGUGGAGACAGAUUAGGUUCCGUCAUAAGAAACUCCUCUAAUCUUGGAAACAUCAUGGUGCCCUGAUUCCUACAUCUGGCAAAUCCUAGAUAUAUGCCAUUGCUGGUUGAAGUUAUGCCUGAGCUAGCUGUCUCAGCCAACAUGAAGUCUUUGAGCCUACUUGUAUUGCCAUUGAUGAUAUUUGUGGAACCCUAUGGCGGCAGGUCUUAGAAAUUCCAUGUUGUGUGGCUGUCAACCUUUGUUCUAGCAAUUGAUAGGUAGCAACUCUUGUGGUCUAUUUAUAUUGAUCUCUGUUGCUGAACUCUGGGAUCAUAUACUCGAGUUCUAAGAAUCCCCAUGUUAUUGUUACCUGAUGUCCUAAUCCGGAAGUUGCUGCCAACUGCCUUUUUCGUAAA